AUGUCUUCAACAAAUCAACAAAAUAAUGCGCAGGCUCCCUAUGAUUUGCGCGCAGCUUAUGAAGUUCAACAGGAUUUGGCAGUAGCCUGCGCUUUACAUUCGGAAAUUGUUUGGGAUGUUAUAGGACCCGAUCAAUCCGAUAUCUUAAUCAAGAAACUGGAAUGUAUGUUUCCUUAUGAUAAUAAGGUUUAUACUUCAAAAAAGGAUUUGAGAAAAUCUAAACAACAUAAUGCAAGGAUUAAGGAAGUUAGAAAUAAAUUAUUUCGAAAUAUUUGGCAACAGAGAAAAUACACUAAUGGAGCUUUGUUGCAUUCUAUCAUUUAUAUAAUCGUUACUCCUGAAUUAGAUCUAGAUAAAGCAAAAUAUACACAUAAUUAUACAAUUCAUCCGAUAUUUCGUACUAGACGUUGUUUAAAUGCUAACGGCAGUGCUGGCUGCUGUAUGAUAUUUAUCGAUGAACAGUCACGCAUUUAUCAGAAUUGGAAAGAUUUUGUUAAUAAUAAUGAAUUACCUGUUGGAACAAUGAUUUCACCUAUACAUGGUAACUAUACAUUGGAUAACGAUAAUAAGGUGGUAUUAGAAUAUUCCUUAACGCCGGCAUAUUCCAAUAAAACACUGUCUAGUAUUGAUAAUUUUAUUGCAGCUGCUUCGGUGGUUGGCCAAGCUGCAACAAUGUUUCAUCCGGUUUUUGCAAUCCUUGCAAUUGGUACAAAAACCUAUGAAACAAUACGUGAUUAUCAAAAAAUGUCUAAUAAAGUUGAACGGGGUACAGCCACAAAUAUUAAUGCCAAUUUAAAUUUAACAGGCAAUAUUAUAAGCUUAACGUCAUCAGUUGCUACGUUUGGCGCAUAUAUGACCGUGCCUAAAGGAAAUGAACUGUCAUUUACCGCAAGUAUUUCCAUACAAGCAAUAAAUGGUGCAACUACUCUAAUUAAUUGUACGAAGUUAAUUAUGACAACCUACGACUUGUUUACUAGAUAUUUUUUGGAUGAAGAAGAACUAGAUUUCAAUGAUCUUCUGGCAUUUGGUUCUUCUUUAAUUUUAUUUACAAGUUCCCUAAACAAUAUUGUUAUAACAUCGCAAAUUGGCAAAGUUGGUGGAAAUACAUUGCGAAGUUUGUUACAGUCUAAUAUCAAAGCUGGGCUUACUUUAUUAUCGGGAGAAGUGAUAAAACAAGCUGGUCAAAAUGCUGGUAAUUUUGAUCUAUUGCGUUUGGUCAAUGAUAUACCAUACAAAGAGGUCCUAUGUAAUAUACAUAAAAUUUACACUAAUCUUACACAAUCUGGUUUUUUGGCAACACUUUCAGUUUUAGGCGCCGGUACAAUGGAGGUAGUACCGGGUCUACUGGUACAGGUUGUUAACAAAGAAAUUAGUGAAUUUAAUUUGGCGGAAUUAUCAAAACACUAUGGUUUGAAAUUUGUGCAACAUAUUUCAAAUUCAAAUAAUUUACUUGAUGUUCUUAAUGGUAUGGGGGUGUAUUUUUCAGCGACUGUUGUUCAGUUUUUAUUGAAUCAAACACGUUCGUUUAUUGAAACAACAGUCGAUGCGAUUGAUUCGCAACAAAGUACUUUUAUUACAACUGAGAUGAUUCUAUAUAAAAUGUUUUCAUACACAAUUAAAAAUUAUAAAAAUCAUACUUAUGAGUUUUUAGAUAUGAAGAGGAAUGACAUUAUGUUGGGUGUCACGAAUUUUUUUAAAUCGCUAAAUCCAAAACCAACAACUGAGAAUGCUAAUAAAUAUAAUUGCGGUAUUUGUGGUGGUUAUUAUUAUUUAGUAGAUAUUUAAAUGAAUGAGAAUAGCUUUACUUUUAUAAAAUUUAGUUUAUAGUUUUGUAUUUAAUAAGUAUUUAUAAGGAUUUGUAAUAGAUUUGCUUCUUGCACGUGCUGAAGUAAAUUAAAUUUAUUUUUAUUGUAAUUUUAUUUUAAGGAUAUUUGUAAUGAUAAUAAUGAUGAUGAUAAUAAUAUUAAAUAAAUAUGCAUGUAUCUU